CGACCGCAAGCACUCGACAAGACUUCAACGCCCUCUUUUCCCUUUCCCGACAAUCCUCAUCAAUACCGACAAAAUGGGUGGUGUUUCAGUCAAGGACGUCGAGGCGCACAAAUUCAUCCAAUCGUAUGCGGGUUUCUUAAAGAGGCAGGGCAAGCUCCCUAUUCCAGGCUGGGUUGAUACUGUCAAGACUUCGCAGUCCAAGGAGCUUCCUCCCCAGGACAUCGACUGGUUCUACGUCCGCGCCGCUGCCGUCGCUCGCCACGUCUACAUGCGCAAGACCGUCGGUGUUGGCCGUCUUCGCAAGGCCCACGGUGCCACCAAGAACCGCGGCUCGCGCCCCUCCCACCACGUUGACGCCUCCGGCUCUGUCGACCGCAAGGUCAUGCAGGCUCUCGAGAAGAUUGGUGUCCUUGAGCAGGAUGAGGACAAGGGUGGCCGCCGCAUCACACAGUCCGGCCAGCGUGAUUUGGACCGAAUUGCUCAGACCACGCUCGAGGCUGAGCAGGAGGAGGAGGAUGACGAGUAG